CACAGGUCGUUUCAGUAACGUACGACGUGUCGUGCUAACACAAGAACGCAGAGAGAGUCCUUAAACCCCAAAGCAAAACCCUCCAGAAAGAUAAGAAAAUUCCAAACACCUAAACUGGAACAGAGGAGGAGCAAUUUCUGGUAGAACCAGAAGGCAUUGCUGCUGAGCUAAGUUUUUAGGUUGGCUUUGGCGAAUCGAAAUGCAAGUUCUACUCCCAAUGCGACCUCGUUUUGCUGAGCUCUUGACUCGUCAAUGGCUUAAACCUUUGAGCCUCCGUGCAUUCUCUUCUUCAUCAGAUUACUCGAACCAAUCCCGUGGCGGCCUCCCUCGAUUCUUCUCCGAAGUUAUUCCUUCUUCAAAAGGUGGUGUUGUCCGUGUACAAGAUGAUGAGUUCUGGCAUAUGACUAAAGUUUUAAGGUUGAGCACGGAUGAUAGGGUAGAGCUCUUCAAUGGAAAAGGAGGUCUAGUAGAAGGAUGCAUUCAGAAAAUCGACCGUAAUGGACUUGAUUUUCUAGCAUUAGAAGAUCCAAAGUUAGUUCUUCCUGAUACUACAAAGUGGCAUGUAUUCGCUGCAUUCGGUACUCUUAAGGGUGGUCGAGCUGACUGGCUUGUUGAGAAAUGCGCUGAGUUGGGGGCUUCUAGUGUGACCCCUCUGUUGACAGAACGCUCUCCAUCUAUCUCAGAAAACCGCGUGGACCGAUUGCAACGCGUCAUUCUGGCUGCAACUAAACAAUGUCAAAGGCUGCAUGAAAUGAUUCUAAAUCCUCCUACAAAAAUUGAUGGACUCUUACCUCUGCUUGCCCAGUCAAAGUUGUCUUUUCUGGCAGCAGCAGAAGCUACUCCUGUUGUUAGUGUACUGGCUUCAUCAAGAAAAGAAUCAAGUGGAUUGAUAAUAGUGGGACCAGAAGGAGGGGAAAAUAUACUUUAGUAUCUUGUACUAUAGCCCUUUUAGCAUUCAGGACUUGUACUAUGCUUUGUUGCAAAUAAGGGCAUGUAUUUCACCCGCUAGUACUAUUAAGGACAAAUAGUUAAUAACAUCAAGUGUCUUUGACGUGGCAUGUUGACUUCAAUUUCAUUUGAUGUCGUGGCACAGAUAUGGCAUGCUGACACAACAUUUUAUGGAUGAUGUGGCAUGUCUUUUUCGUUGAUGUGGCCUUUCACAUAAGCUCCACGUUUUCUAGUUUACGUUGAAUUUAACGUGGCUCUUAAGUGCAAGAAUUUAAAGUACAUGUCUUGAAUUGCCUAUAAAACAAAGUUCAAGCCCUUAAUGCUAAAAAAAUAAAAAUUUAAAAUAUGUGAAAAAAUUUAGGAAAAGGGAGAAAUUAAGGGAGUGGGAGGGACAUGGUGAAGGAUAAACGCAAAUAAGAGAGAAAAAGGGACAUGCAUGAGAGAGAGAGAAUGAGUGAAAGAUGAAAAAACAGAGAGACACACAUAGCGAGUGAAAGAGAGAGAGGGACAUGCAUGAGAAAUGGAAAAAGAGAGUGAUAAACAUAGUGAGAGAGAGAGAGAGAGAGAGAGAGAGAGAGAGAGGGAUGGGAAAAGUGGAAAGGGAGAGAGACAUGAGAGGAUUGAGAGAAAUAGAGUAACUCUCUGUCAUGAUGAGGAGAAUGAAGGAUGUUGCAAAUGAAUAAGGGACUUUGGGCCUGAAAUUGUAAUAAAAGAAGAGUAUAGAAGUUAGUAGAGUCAACUGGAAGUAGUUAGAUAGUGGCGGAAUAGGUAUUUCUUUACAAGGUUACAUAUAAAUAGGGUAGCUUGUUUCAAGUAAGAUUCAUUCAAGAAUCAAAUACAAGAAAUAUCUCUUCUUCUCUAUUUUCUCUCUAAAUCUCCUCCCUUUUCUGUUUCUUUUCUCAAUCCCAUCUAUUUCUCUCCUUUCCUCUCCCUAUUUCUCUGUUUCAAAUGGCAUUGCAGGCUGGUUAUGUAACACUCUCUCUCUCUCAUUUUGUCUCUGUUUGUCUCUCAAUAUCUCUUUUGCUCUAUCUACCCAUCUCUCUCUCUCUCUCUCUCUCUCUCUCUCUAGCUCUAUUUCUCUUUAUUUGCAUCCUUCACCAUCUCUCUCCCUUGUUUUCCCUUUUUCCUAAUUUUCUCAUGUAUUUUGAAA